AUGUUCGCCAUUUCCAGGGCGGUCAGAGAGGUCCAGAAGCUCUAUGAGCAGCUCUCGGGCAGGAAGAUCGAGAAGGUGCUCGAUUUCAAGCCUCGUGUGCGAUUUCCGGACUAUAAUGUCCCCCUGACCGACUUUCAGGGCCACCAGGUAACGGCACUCAAAAGAAUGAGGAAACUGGCGCCAGAAACUGAUCUCGUGAUCGAGCUGCGAGAUGCGCGUGCUCCGAUCACAACCACCAAUUUUCUCCUCGACCGAAUAUUCAAAGGAAAGCAAAAGAUCGUUCUUUACACGAAAGCAGAGAAAUCCUUGAUUAACCAGAAGAUUAUCAAGAAAUGGAAUGUGAGAAACGAGAGCUGGAGCUUCUUUGACAAGAAGAGAUACGACCACACGGCCAAUGUUGCCAAAAUGAUAACUGAAAAAUACAACUUGAUGCAUCCUCCGCCGCCGCUAGGAAUGAAAGUCAUAGUUGCAGGCAUGCCAAACGUGGGAAAGUCGACAUUGGUGAACAAGCUGCGCCGUAAGCUUGCCAUUGACCAAGGGAAAAAAAAGGAUGUGGCCAAAGUGGAACGUGGAGGAGGAACCACCCGCGUUACCUCUGAGAUGAUCAAAAUCUCGGAAGACCCGCUGAUCUACAUUUACGACACUCCGGGAGUGUUGAUGCCCACAGUGGCGAACUCCAAGGCUAUGUUGACACACGCACUUUUGCGGACUGUCGAUAAUACGACCGUGGACCCCAUCAUUGCAGCAGAUUAUCUGCUGUAUGUAUGGAAUCUGCUAAGUCCCGACGGCUUUUUCUACCGGUCGUAUACAAAAACCCCCACGAACGAUAUCCAGUAUCUUCUUGAAUGUGUGGCCCGCAAGAAGAUGUACACCAAGAACAAGGUGAGCAAGACGCGUCCGAGUGCGUCGCCAAACGGAUAUGACCUCAAAGCAGCAGCAUUGGCCCUUCAGGAGCAACUCAGGCUUGAGCAGACGAAUCGGCUGGCUUUCGAUCUCGAUAUGAUGCGGGACCUGAGCAAAAAAGAGAUUGGCGAGAUAAUAGAAGCGGAAAGAAAAAGAGUUGGGGAGAUGGAGAUGGAGUAUCUUGAGUAA